AUCUCAUGUCAGACCUUUUUAGACUAUUCAUUAUGGCACCUACCACACUAGUGUGUCUCCAUCUUCUGUAUUUAUAUACAUAUAUCAUAAGUCAGAACAAAGAGAAAGCAAAGAAGAGAAACUAAAACAGAGCUUUUUUCACAUGGGAAAGGAUAAGACUUUGCCGUUGCUUGACCCUCGUGAGCCACCGGAACUCACCGGAACCAAGUCGGCGUCAAAAGUAUGGGCCAAAGAGUUCGGCGAAGAGUCGAAGCGGCUUUGGGAGUUAGCAGGACCAGCGAUUUUCACUGCCAUAAGUCAAUACUCUCUUGGUGCUCUCACUCAGACUUUCUCCGGCCGUCUCGGUGAACUUGAGCUCGCCGCCGUCUCAGUUGAAAACUCUGUUAUCUCCGGUCUUGCCUUCGGUGUCAUGGUAUGUUACGUAAACACCCUUCACACGUGUCAGGUUCUUGGUAAUGGAUAAUGUGUUCUAAUAAUAGCCACAGAAAUAAAAGUCAAUAUUUGAGGACUUUUUUUGUAUUAAUUAAUAUCAAUAUUCGUUAAUAUCAAUGAAGUAGAUUUUCCCAUACAUUUAAAAUUGUUUCGUAAUUGUGAUUAAGUAAAUCCUAACAGUGUGUUUUAUAUUCAAAUAAAGUAGAUAUAUUAAUGUAGUUGAGUUCAGUGUUAUAAUAUUUGUUAUACAAGUAAUCUCUACGAGGGUCCUUGUUUAGGGAUGGGGAGUGCAUUGGAGACGUUGUGUGGACAAGCAUAUGGCGCGGGACAGAUUAGGAUGAUGGGAAUAUAUAUGCAACGUUCAUGGGUCAUUCUCUUUACUACUGCUUUGUUUUUGCUUCCCGUCUACAUUUGGGCUCCUCCUAUUCUUUCCUUCUUCGGCGAGGCUCCUCACAUCUCUAAAGCCGCGGGGAAGUUCGCAUUGUGGAUGAUCCCGCAACUAUUUGCCUAUGCAGCCAACUUCCCGAUACAGAAAUUCUUGCAGUCACAGAGGAAAGUUCUUGUGAUGGCUUGGAUCUCUGGAGUGGUUUUAGUUAUACAUGCAGUUUUUAGCUGGCUCUUCAUUCUUUACUUUAAGUGGGGACUUGUAGGUGCAGCUAUCACUCUCAAUACCUCGUGGUGGUUGAUUGUUAUUGGUCAGCUUUUGUAUAUCUUAAUCACCAAAUCAGACGGUGCGUGGACUGGAUUUUCUAUGCUAGCGUUUCGGGACCUCUAUGGAUUUGUCAAACUUUCCUUAGCCUCUGCUCUUAUGCUUUGUUUGGAGUUUUGGUACUUGAUGGUUCUGGUUGUUGUUACCGGUCUCCUUCCUAACCCGUUGAUACCAGUCGAUGCCAUCUCCAUUUGCAUGAAUAUAGAAGGGUGGACUGCCAUGAUUUCGAUCGGGUUUAACGCUGCGAUUAGUGUGAGAGUAUCGAAUGAGCUGGGUGCAGGAAACGCAGCGUUAGCCAAAUUCUCAGUGAUAGUCGUCUCCAUAACUUCAACUCUUAUCGGGAUAGUGUGCAUGAUUGUUGUCUUAGCCACAAAAGACAGCUUCCCUUAUCUUUUCACUUCAAGCGAAGCUGUGGCAGCAGAAACCACGAGAAUAGCCGUCUUGUUGGGCUUCACUGUCCUCUUGAACAGCCUCCAGCCCGUCUUGUCAGGGGUUGCGGUUGGAGCGGGGUGGCAGGCUCUGGUUGCAUACGUGAACAUUGCGUGUUAUUACAUUAUCGGACUACCUGCUGGUCUUGUUCUUGGAUUCACACUAGACCUCGGCGUUCAGGGAAUAUGGGGAGGUAUGGUAGCUGGAAUAUGCUUGCAGACACUUAUAUUGAUUGGAAUCAUCUACUUCACUAACUGGAACAAAGAGGCUGAGCAAGCGGAGAGUCGAGUUCAGAGAUGGGGAGGAACGGCGCAGGAGUGAUCAACAACUCCCUUAGGACGUGGACUAUAUCAGUUAUUGAUCUUUUUUUGUCAAUGUUCAAUGUUGAGAAAAUUGUUUAUCGGAGAACAACAUCAUCUCUUUUUGUUUUUUGAUAUGCUUAAAGUUAACGAGUCUCUCAGUGAUUGUUAGAGGGGUACGGUUUGUUAUGUGUUAGACUUAUGUUAGAUUCUAGGAUGGUUGUUGCUAAGCCAAAGUUCUUGAUUAAUUUUAAGUAUGAGAUUUAAUCUUCAUAAGCUUGUUGAUCCUUCGUUUUUAUUUUAAUGGUCAGACUUGAUCCAAUGUUUAUGUUC